AUUCGCUUAAUUCCAAGCGUCGUCACGACACGCGCCAUCUGUCAAAACAACUGGGACGUGGACAAACUAACUUGUAGUUUUAAAGGCCUCUGGUUAUAAUGACAUUUUGCAUUUGUAAAUGUUUUAUGUCAAGAAAUAUUUAUAUCAAGUCCCUGGAUGUUCAUCUAGACUUUUUUAGUAAAAGUCAGUUCCUACAAUCCUAUAACAAGCUUCUUUCUGACACCUGUCAAGGUUCUUAUCACCUAAGCAAGGUUUUGGAAGAGGUAGAGGAAGAAGUAUCAAGACGCAAGAGGUUGACUUUAGAUUCUGUCGAAAGACAAAAAUACAUUCAGCAAAAUUAUACACGUCUUCACCCAGAGAUCUUUGAUUUCCAGGAAGAUUUUCUGUCCCCAGAUUUUCUGCGCCUUGUAAGCUUCUGUAAACAAGAUGAGGCCAGAUUUGAAGGAGUUUGUGCCUACCUGUCAGAGACCAAUGUUGAGAGGACCUACACAUUCCCUGUUUUCACAGCCAAGUUCUGCAGACUGUUUUUAGAGGAGAUCAUGCAUUUCGAACAAAGUGAUGUUCCAAAAGGAAGACCCAACACUAUGAAUUCAUAUGGCGUUCUACUGGAUGAGCUUGGAAUGUACAGGUUCAUAGAUGUCUUCAGAGAGAACUAUCUUGAACCAAUCACUAGCCUUCUGUACCCAGAUUGGGGCGGAGCUAUGCUUGACUCUCACAAGGCCUUCAUCGUUCAGUAUGGCCAUGGCAAGGACGUUGACCUUGGCUAUCACUAUGACAACGCAGAGGUGACCUUGAAUGUUGCGUUGUCUCCAGAAGACUCAUUUGAAGGUGGUGAUUUGUUCUUUGGCGCAAUGAGGAAUGAAAUUGAUUCACAGAAAAACUGGAAAACUUAUAGCCACCGUCCUACGGUGGGAAUUCUACAUAGGGGCCAGCACAGGCAUGGUGCAUAUCCAAUUAUGCAGGGAUCCAGGUAUAACUUGAUUGUUUGGAUGCGGGCCUCAGCUGUGAGAAACAAGAAAUGUCCAAUGUGUGACGCAGUGCCAGACUUGGAGGAAACUACAGGAUAUGGUGAUGGGUUUACUAGACAGACUAUGGAUGUGUGCUCUGUAGUGUAGGAUGAAUUGCAAUUUGGUGAUAUUUGUAUGCUAUAAAUUGAACACCACUUUGUAUAAAUGUUAACUGGGCCAAGUUGGUCAAAACUUUAAUUUUCAAUAAAACUCAAUUAAGCUAUUAUAAAUACCAGCACCAUAUUAUCGGUUCCUUUGAGGAUCACCAUGUGUUAUUAUUUAUCCAAAAUAUUGUCUGAUUAACAUGAAAUAAUAAAAUUAAAAUUUUGA